UGAAGUGCUUUAAACAAGAAGAGCAAAGCGAAAGACGUGUUUUACUUCUAGUGCUAUCUAUCUUCAAACAUAGCUACGAAAAUCUAGCAUCUUCUAUUCCACACAUACUCGCUCGUAGCAGUUACGGUUAUGGCGUCGAUUUUGUCCUUUUCCGUUUUUUCUCUUUCGCUCCCAAAAUCUCAAUCUCUGGAUCCUGAUAAACUCUCCGAUUCUUCUUUCUCUGUAAAAGGCAACAAUAAGAGUGGCAGUGUUUGUUUCCCGCCAUCACUUGAACGGAGAAAUAUGAUUCUCUCCUCCGUCGGCGUCAUUGCGGGAACAUUUUUCAAAGACGGAAUUGCGCUUGCAUCUGAAUUUGCUGAUAUGCCUGCGCUUAGAGGGAAGGAUUAUGGCAAGACAAAAAUGCGAUAUCCAGACUACACAGAAACCAAAUCUGGACUUCAGUAUAAGGACUUGCGACCAGGGAAUGGCCCCAAACCGAAGAUAGGAGAGACAGUAGUGGUAGACUGGGAUGGCUACACCAUAGGUUAUUAUGGUCGCAUAUUUGAAGCCCGGAAUAAAACCAAAGGUGGUUCCUUUGAGGGUGAUGACAAGGACUUUUUCAAAUUCAAAAUAGGAUCUCAAGAGGUAAUACCAGCUUUUGAAGAGGCUGUUUCAGGCAUGUCUCUUGGGGGCGUUCGAAGGAUAAUUGUGCCCCCAGAACUUGGAUAUCCAGAGAAUGAUUAUAAUAAGAGUGGCCCAAGACCUACAACAUUUUCGGGCCAACGAGCCUUGGAUUUUGUGCUAAGGAACCAAGGGUUGAUAGAUAAGACUCUCUUGUUUGAUAUUGAGUUGAUGAAGAUUAUUCCAAACUGACAUGUCAAAUUGGCAUUGACCCUGGAACAUCACCACCAAAAUAUUGGGGUUUGUUUCUAUGUCGCCGCCCAUCAUUAUUUUCAUUAGCACGUGUUGUGCAGAGUCUAAAACUGAAUGAAUGUCAGAGCAAGACAACUAGUGAACUGAUGGAACCAACUUUUUAUCACCGGAUAAAUCUGCAAUUAAUUAUUUGUUGUGCCAAUGUCAUUAAUUGAUUAUUUGUUGAAUAAUUUUAAAGACAUGAAGUAUAAUACUGUAUAAACAGCUAUAGCUAUAGUUGACUCUGAUUUUUAACACAUUCUCAUUGUAUUCAAUAACUUUCUUUUUGGUUGUAGACCUGUGCAUAUAUGUACAGAUGGUGAACCAAGCUUCUUUGUCCAGUCCUUUGGUCAUUUUGUUGGCAUCGACAUUUGAUGCUUGCCUUUGCUAUGAAUUCCGGUUUUUUCGUUGGUUGUUGAUCUUGUAACUAUAACAUUAAUUGCAAUAUUCAAGGAAGUCUCUCUCA